UCACUACGGGGAUAUAAUUUUAAUAUUUCUUUCAAUAUUCCCCAAUGAUAUAAUACUUUAUUAAGCCAGUCGAUUUCCAUGAUACUUCAAAUUGAAUGGUGGUAUAUUCUCAUGAAGGCCAAAGUUCAAGACAACAUGUAUCUAUUCUUUAGUUAGUAGGUGAAGUGAGCUAUUAUAUGUAUGAAUUGCGAUAUUUACUCAUUAACUUUUAUAUAUUUUAUUUACCAUACAGGUCUGAAGAACUGGAAUAUAGAUGGUGAUGCAGUAGAUUACAAUGAUGUUCUCAAGUCUGUAGCAGAGGCCAGUCCAAUCAAGACUGGACUAGUCCAUGUCACCUUUGGUUAUGCUGGUGCCCAUCUUGGUAUAGUGGUUCUCAUCAAUCCUACAUCAGAGCAUCUGUCUCAGGAGCUACGAGGUCUCUUAGCCCAUCCUGCAGCCAACAAGCAUGUCUCCUACGGAGGACAUUCUCUGGAAGGUACCGGUGAUUGGGUUCUUCAUGAUGAUACCUACACUCUCCAUGAUAUCGCUGAGGUCUUCAGUGAACCUGACGUAGAUGCAGCAUUACUCAAGGUCUCCCAGGAUGAGAAGCAAACACUAUGUCUCUCUGGAUGUCAUUGGUCUGCCGCAGCUGUUACUAAGCAACCAUUUAGCAAGAGUCUCAAUCUCGCAAUCAACCCUCAGGAUGCAAAGCAUGAGGUUGAUGGUGUAUCUGUACUAUUGGAGACCAUUAGGUCACGGAUUGAGGUACCAUCGCCCUUUGACCUGAUGGAACCACCAACUAUGGGCGUUGGCAUAAAAUGCAAGAUCACCAAGCCGACUGUCCUCAUCUUCCCUGCAGCUAAGGGUGACUGUGCCUUCUUUGCAGUCAGUGACUUCAGUCUGUUUGUUGGAGGAGGCUACAGCAUCAAGAGCUGCUUCUGGAAGUUUGCCAAGCACCUACACAGGGUAGAUGCCGUGAUCCUUCCACAUACCCGACCGGACACCGUCAUCGGUAUCAAUAGCCUUCUCAAGAGGAAGAUCGCAGAAAAGAACCUGGAGGCCCCUGAGAUAGGUGCAGAGGGCUAUGAGGAUUGGCAGAUCAAGUGUAACUCCCCAGAGAUUGGUGUUGUCUAUGUGAAUGUUCCUGACAACAAACAAUCACCAAAUAGUCUUGUUUUAAAGACUGUUAGUCAAGGGAACGAGACCACAAAAUUACUUCAGCAGCUGUCCAUUAAGCCAUUCCCUUGCACAGCAAAUGGUGGCAAGGAAAUCAAGCCCAUCACGCUCUACCUCAAGGUUGGCAUAGGGAAGCUGGACAUGUACAUCUUAUCUCCUACCCAAGAUAGCAAGGAGUUGAAGGAUUUCCUUCAGCAAUGGAGUGCAGGAAAGGCCUUCAGUAAGGUAAAGACAGGGGUUAAGGUGAAUGGUAAGGAAUCUGAAGUCCCCCUUCCCAAUGCCUGCUCCAUAUGUGCCCUGAUGGUAUGGCAGCCUGCUAGUCCUCAAGAGAACAUUGUCCGUGUACUGUUCCCAGGAAAUGCCCCACAGAGCAAGAUCAUAGAAGGUCUAGAUAGAGUCAAACAUCUAGAAUUCUUGAAGUACCCAGAUGCUGUCCAAGCUAGUUCAGGAAAGAUAACAGCAAUGAAGAAGAAAGAUGUAACUGCUAUGAAGAAGGCAGCAGCUAACGCACUUGGAGCAGCUAAUGGUGCUGUGAAUGGAAAACCCUCUCAGACGAAAGAAGUCAAUGCAUGUACAGAUGGUGUUCACUGUAACACACCCCCACCUUCUCCUACAGGGGUUUGCAUCGAUGGGAAGAACUGCAAUACACCACCUCCUGCUAACAUAUGUGCUGAUGGUGAACAUUGUAAUACUCCACCUCCCGAAAACAUUUGUAAUGAUGGUAAGAAUUGUAACACACCACCUCCAGAUAAUGUUUGCUUGGAUGGUGAACACUGUAAUACUCCUCCUCCAGAAAACAUUUGUAAUGAUGGUAAGAAUUGUAACACUCCACCACCAGAUAAUGUCUGCCUGGAUGGUGAACACUGUAAUACUCCGCCUCCAGAAAACAUUUGUUACGAUGGUAAGAAUUGUAACACUCCACCUCCAGAUAAUGUCUGCCUGGAUGGUGAACAUUGCAAUACUCCGCCUCCAGAAAACCUUUGUUAUGAUGGUAAAAAUUGUAACACACCACCACCAGAUAAUGUCUGCCUGGAUGGUGAACAUUGCAAUACUCCGCCUCCAGAAAACAUUUGUUAUGAUGGUAAAAAUUGUAACACACCACCACCAGAGAAAGACGUCAACGAAGAUGAUGCUCCUACUUUUAAUCAGAAUCAACAGCCAGUUAAAUUCAGUUUUGAUGGAGUGAAGGGUAAUGAUAUUCCAGAUAACACUUGUUAUGAUGGUGUUAAUUGUAAUACUCCUCCCCCAGAAGAGGACUAUGAGCAAAAUGGGGUCAAUGGUAAUGUAGAUGGCAUGGCAGCUGGAGAUGACGAAUCCUUUGUCGCUUCUGGCAAUAGUCAGCUACCUGAGAGUCAACAGGAAAUUGAGAGUGAUGUUAACCUGAACCCGACUAGUCCAGCGCUGGCCAAGAUCGACACUACUAGACUUCAUGGUAGAGAUUCUCCAGAAAGACUUGCUUCUGGCGAAAUUACUCCUGCAGACCUUGUAGAGUAUGGCAUGGAUGAAGAGUCAGAUGGAUUUUCAUCAGGUCAUGGAACUGUAGGGAAUACCCCAGAUCAGCCAGAGCCGCCUAGUGAUCCAACGCAAGAUGACUUUGUUGCAACUGCUUACAGGCCAUCAGAUAGGGAUUCGCCUGAGAUUCAGUCAGAGCAGCCUUCAUCAGGUGUGGAAAUGGAAGAUGUGUCAACACCAAGUGACCAGCCACAUCCCUGGGAGCCUACCAUUGAGCUUUCAACAGAUAGUACAGUUGACAGUGCACCUGCUCAAGAUACCCUUUUGGGCUCUCCUGAGAUACAGGUCACAGAGCCUGCAGAAAUGGUUUCAGAAGCCCGGGAUUCAGAGAAUAAUGUUGGCCAACAUGGUGCACUUGAUGCAAACUGUGAGCUUGAUGAAUCAUCUGAGGAAAUCUCCCAAGCAUCUGAGAUUGAGGUGAAACCGAGUAUACCAGAGGAUGAAGCCGAGGACAUGUCAGAUCCACAACCAGAAUUAAUGCAAUAUGAUAGUAGACUAGAAGAAGAGACCAACAAGCCAGAAUCUUUCUUGCCAGAAGCAGAAGGUAACUCUCAGGCUGAAAUGGAAUCAAAAGAGCCCCUGCAAGCAGAGACUGAUGAUGCAUACUUAAUGAGUAAUGCACCUGAGGCAGAGCAAGAACCUGAUGUCAGUGAAGAUACCACAGACUCCAGGGUACCUACCACUGAGCCUGAAGCCGAUCAACAAGAUCUUUCCGAAGGAAGUCAUCUAAUAGAUAGUCAAUUUGUAGUACCUCAGUUUGCGGCACCACAAGAUUUUGGAGAUGAAGAAGACUUUACUGAUGUACAGAAACGUUUUGAAGAAGAGAUCCCUAAGGAGACUGAUCUUGAUGAAGCUAUCAAAGAAAGAGACCUUGAUGAUGUUCAAGAAGGGGAAGAGGUUGUCCAGGAAACAAAUUUGGAUGAAGUUGAACCAGAAAUGACACAAGAAACUGACCUUGAUGAUUUUGCAGUGGAUGUUCAGCAAGAAAUGGAAGCAGAUGUUUCACCCAAACAAGAAUCAUCUGAACAGGUCAAUAUGGAUGUCAGUGGUGCAGUAGAAGUAGAUCAGAUUCAGGGCCAAGAAGAUACCAUCAGUGACAUUAUGGAGCAAUCGGAACAACCCAACACCAGUGACGUAGAAGAAGUCGCACAGAGUCUUGUUGAAGAUACCAAUCUUGUACCAGAGGAGUUUGACCAGACUGAGCAAUUGAAAGUUGAGGAAAAUAGACAAGAGGUUACUCAAGACAACAAUGAUAAAACUGAACCCAUGCUUGGCCAAUCAGAACUACCUGAAGAUGAAGAAGAAGAAAUUGGACAGAGCUUAGGUGAAGACUUAAUUGCUCCAUCUGGGUUUUCUGAGCAAACAGAAUCUGAAGUAAAGGAAGUUGGUGACGUUAUGAAGCAAUUUGAACAACCCAACACCAGUGACGUAGAAGAAGUCACACAGAGCCUUGUUGAAGAUACCAAUCUUGUACCAGAGGAAUUUAACCAGGCUGAGCAAUUGAAAGUUGAGGAAAACCGACAAGAGCCUUUUCAAGACAACAAUGAUACAACUGAACCCAUGCUUGGCCAAUCAGAACUACCUGAAGAUGAAGUAAAAGAAAUCGGGCAGAGCUUAGGUGAAGACUUCAUUGCUCAAUCUGGGUUUUGUGAGCAAACAGAAUCUGAAGUAAAGGAAGUUGGGGAUGUUAUGGAGCAAUCUGAACAACUCAACACCAGUGACAUAGAAGAAGUCGCACAGAGCCUUGUUGAAGAUACCAAUCUUGUACCAGAGGAAUGUGACCAGGCUGAGCAAUUGAAAGUUGAGGAAAAUAGACAAGAGAUUACUCAAGACAACAAUGAUACAACUGAACCCAUGCUUGGCCAAUCAGACCUACCUGAAGAUGAAGUAGAAGAAAUCGGACAGAGCUUAGGUGAAGACCUAAUUGCUCCAUCUGGGUUUUGUGAGCAAACAGAAUCUGAAAUAAAGGAAGUUGGACAUGAACUUGACCAAUCCAAGAGUGAUUCUCCUCUCAUCAUGGGACAGUCAGAACAACCUGAAGAAGAUGAAGUAGAGGAAGUAAGACAGAGCCUUGAUGAUGGCACCAGUAUUGCUCCUGAAUUCUUUGAGAAAACAGAACAACCCGAUGAUGCUCUUAUCCAAGAAUCUGCUCAAGAGAUUGUUCAAGAGGCUGUUGGUGCAGCAGUAGGUGUUGUUGAAAGGGACCAAAUUCUGAGUGAUGACACAUUUGAAAAAGAUGAAAUUCCACAAGAUACAGGUCUAGAUUCUCACGAAGACUUUGGAACAGAUGUUGAUGCUGGGAGAGACAACAUUCCACCUGUUGAAGAACAGUAUUUGUUAGAAGACAAUGAUGUGAAAGAGGAAAUGGUGUCUGUUACAGAACCAACAAUUUCAGAUUCUUUGGAGCAAAAUGCAACUGAUUCACUAGAGGACUUGCAAAAUGAAGUUGCUUCAGAUGUUGACAUCCCUCCGGUUAUUGAGGAAGAAGUUAGUGUACAUGUUGAGGAAAAACAGGAACUAGUACCAGAGGAAAGUAAUAUGGCUGAUGUUACAUUAGCUCCUUCUGUGGAUGUAGGUGAGGCAGCAGAUAUUGGGGAGGAAAAUGUAGUUGUCCCGGGGGUAGAAAUUGAAAUGAAACCUGAACCAGCUGCUGAACCAGUGAUUUCUGAUGAAGCGGUGACCCCUUCCUAUUCUUCACCACCUAUAGAAGAACAAAGCAUGCAAGAGUCUAAAGAACCUGAUACAGUACUCAAAGAACCAGAUCUCUUGAAAGAAAGUCUGGGGAAUGUUCUUGAAUCACCAACAGUACAAGAAGAACAGGAAAUCCAAAGUAAAACAGUGCUUGUUGAAAGUUCAUCCGUUUCUGUCAGUAAAUCAACCAAAAGCUCAAGUGAUUCCAGCGGAAAACGUACACCCUCACCAGUAAAGUCAGCAAACAAGACUCUGAAAGAUAAGGACAAGCCAAAGAAAGCAACUGAUAAGACAAAGGCUUCUGAUUCCAAGGCAAAAAUUGGAAAUAAAAGUCCACUUUCAUCAAAAACAGCAGAGAAAAAGACAAGUGUGAAGACUUCUACAACUCCUGCAGUCAAGAAAGCUGUCUCUGAAAAGAAAACUCCCUCUGACACAAAGUCAACAGUUAGGAAGUCACUCGUUGAUAAGAAAGCAUCAGAAAAGAAGCCAGCUGAGAAGAAGACUCCUUCUGAAAAGAAGACUGCUGCUGAGAGAAAGAUUGCAGCAGAUAAGAAGCCCCCUCAAAAAUCGAAGUCGCCACCUUCUAGUAGAGGGACAGAGAAGAAGUCAUCAUCUCUCGCAUCCAAAAGCAGUCAACAGGAGUCAUCAGUUAGCACAGAUGGUCCACCAAAGAAAGUAAAUGGAGUUUCCUCAAAGUCAACAACUCACAAGAAAACUAGCACCCUUGCAUCAACACCAACAAGUAGACCAGGGGCCAAGCAACCAGAUUCACGACCAUCAACAGGAGGAAGGCCAACCUCGGGUGCAAAGAAAGCGGGAGAUUCAAAGAAAACAAGUGACAGACCAACAAAAUCAGCACCUUCCUCCAGAGGAGAUGCCAAGUCAAAUGGUGUAAAGAAAGCUACAUCCAAGACAUCUCAACCAUCUAAAGCAACAAGCAUUCCAGCCAGCGGGCCUGCCGUCCAUCUUGACCUUGCCUACAUACCUAAUCAUGCCAGUGCAGAUAGCAUCAACUCUGAGUUCUUCAGACGGGUUAGAGCCAAGAACUAUGUCAUCAGUGCCAAUGACAAAUCAAAGAACCAACCUGCAGUAGCUGUUCUUGACGCUCUUCUUGAAGGCAAGUUGAAAUGGGAAGAUACCGAGGCAGAGGUCACUGUUAUUCCAACGUAUGACUACUUAUCUCUACGCGAUUGGGAGUUAACAAAACAUCAAGAGCUCUCCAAAGCCAAAAUAGAGAUCUCACAGCCUGCAUGCAGAAGCAUCGUGCAAAUGAAAGAUGAAAACUUCUUCAUGUACAAAGUCGAGUUGUAAAAUUGCUAAGUGAUUAGAAAUCUUGAGAGUUUUGGAAUGUCCAAUCCACUUUACGUAUGACUCUAUAGGUUUUCUGUUUACAAAAGUGUCCAAGAUGCUUCAUGCAAUGUCUGUUACUUUACUCUUUGUAUUUGUGUAUUGUUUUUGUAAAAAUCAAAUGUAUAAAAGAAACCAAAGUACAUUUAAAAUAUAACGGCAUAAAAUGCCUUUAAAAAUUGCGUAAAUUUUGUACAGUUUGUUUUUGUUUUGUGCAUGAAGAGUAGAGCUGAAAGAUGUUUUACUCAUCAAAUAAAAUAUGUGAUCGAUAAGAUACUAAAGGCUUUUCAAAGCACAUAAAGUUGUUCGAUUGAUGUGAUAUAUAUUUAUAUAUAUAGUGUAUAGUGAGCAUAAAUGAGUUAAAAUGUACUUCAAUUGGGAAGCCUUCCUUUCUUGGUAAUCCUGAAACAUGAUGAAAUCUGAAUAUGGAUAUCGCAAUGUCAGAUCAUGCAUGUAGUUUAGGAUCAGAGGAAAUCCUCUGAUGAUGUGUUUAAUCUUUACAGUAAUGUAUUACACUAGCAGAGGUCAUUGACCUAUUUUACUUUAUCAAGUGGUCGUUGACCUAUCGUGCGAAGAAUCAUGCAACAGUGAUAAAGUCAUGUGCAACAGGCAAAAACAAAACUUUCUUAUAAUCAAACUGGGUCAAACAAAAGUAAAGUUGUAGUAAGGAAUGCUUUAUUUAUGCAUUGUGAUUAUUUUUAUGGUAAUCAUUGUUCAUUUUUCUGUUUGGACAAAUGCAAUGAAGUAUAUGUUUUAAAUUCAAUAUUACUAGUUUUCCAAAAUUAUGAAAAAUAAUAAGGGCAUGCAUUCUCCUAGAUAAAGCUUUUUUCUUAAUUCCUCUAAAAAGAAGCCAUGAUUUAUAUUGUGUAACAAGUUUCAUAUUUUCAUUGAAAAAAAAAUAAUGUAUCAUAUAAUAGGAAAAGUAAUCCAGCUUUUUUUUUAUCUCCUGUAUAUGUUGUUAUUAAUAUGUACAAUCAAAAUUCAUCGAUAGUUUGAUUUAAGAAAAGAAAUUUCCCUUCUGUUUUUUUUUCUUAUUUUUAGUGCAAGAAUCUGAAUUAGAAUAAUUUGCAUCCUCAUUAUAUUUCCUCAUUAGGUCAUAUCUGAGGAUGUGACACCUAGCUCCCAAUCUGAUCGAACUCACAUGAGCUCUAUUUGAAAAUCCAUAUAUAUAUAUAUAUAUAUAUAUAUGUAUUGCACGUUUUUUUCGUAACAGUUAAAAUUCUGUAUGACGGUAACUUGUAUAAAAUCACAGUUUAUGCUCUACAUCAGAUAUGUGUUUUUAUAUAAUCUCAGUAAUAUGGCAAUUAAUUCAAACAGUAUUUCUCCUUUUCAAAAUACUCCCCUAAAUGAUUGUUCCUGUAUGCCCAGUCCGACUAUUUAUCCUAAUUAUAAUUUAUUCCUUUUAAAUGAGGGUUCAGAUUUCGAUGUGAUUUUGUGUACAGGGAAACCUUAUGGCGCUUCCCCUGCUGUACAUAAAUAUGUACAAUUAUGACCAUAUAUUUUAUGAUAGGCAUAUGCAGUUAAUGGAUUUCAUAGACAGUUUGUAUAAAGUGUUCAUAGGAAACAACUACAGUAAAUUAAUAUAGGGCUUGUGCAUUCAUCCAUGCUUUCUGACUUGGGAUAUAGUACCCUCCUAAUCCAAAUUUGUGCAAUUCAAUGGCUUUGCGAUUAAGCUUCACUUCCUAUACUUUUAAUGCGAAUCAUGUUUAAUUUGAAUGAUUGUAAAGACUUCAGGCUUUCAUACUUGUGUGAUUUCAUAUUGAUAGAAAGUACUGAUUUUUGAGAAAUUGAUUUUUUUGUUGUUGUUGCAUAAUUAGUCUGAUUUAUUUCAUUAGGUUACGAUCCAGCUAUCAGCGUGACUUCUUGCCCUGUCAUGUUGAAAUAUUUUCAUGACUAUAUACCACAUAACCCACAUUUGAAUGUAUUCAUCUAUGUAUCACUCCACUCUAUCAUAAUAUCAUCUCAAUAGUCUGUAUCCAAACCCCAGCUACAAUUACUGAAUAUGUAAGGUUUAGAUGCGGGCACCCUAGGGGCAUAUGUUUAAUUUGAUGAAGAUUAUGAUAACUUGAACAACAACUUAGCAUUGCCCUAUCAAGCAAAGUGGGCUUUGAAUUUUCUCUAUCUACUUAUAAUGCUUUAUACUUUUGUGUUAUAUUUGUGUAAAAACUACCAAGUUGCUUAUUAGUCUUGUCGAAGUCCAAUAUCAUAAUUCGUAGCCAGUGGGGUUUUCACUCUCAUAGGAGGAAGCUUAAUAAUGAUUUAUUUGGGAUGACUAUUUCUGUAAAUGCAUAUUAAAAAUAAAUGUGUUUGACAUUUAUUAUAUAAUCUCCUAUUGAAGUAUGUGAAAGUAUAUAUAUUCAAUAUACUAAACAUUUCUUGAAGAGUAAUAUGGAUUGUUCCUUCUCCACCCUUCAUGUAUAUCAAUUGCCAAUAUAUGCCAAUGUUUAUACCAAUAUUCAACCUGUGUAAAAGAAUGACACAGUAGUCUGUAAUAUCGUAAUUGCUUCUCUUGUCCAAAAGCUAACAGCGUCCUGAAAUAUAUAUGAAAAAUCAUAUAUCUGCCAAAUACUUGCCUGACCAAGCAACAAGCAGCUCGUACAGUAUCUUUCUGUCUUUUGUAAACAUCUAGUCAUAUACAGGGAUUGUACUCAAUUUUUUCCUAACAAACAGUGAAUUUUUAAAGAAAUGGGGCUGAUUUGCCAAAUAUUUGGGGGAGGGGUGAGAAGGAUUAUUCAUGCUGCAAUAGUUUUACAAUGAAAGAAAGAAUGAUCAUGCCUGUUUAUUAUUAAUAUUAAGACUAAGCUUAUUUUAUCCGAUACUCUGAAUUACUCUUACAUGUAUACAUUUAUAUAUUAAUCAUCAAAUUUAAUGCUAAAUUGUAAGGCCAGCUGAAGGAACAAAACUAAGCCAUCAAUGAUGCUCUAUCUUGAAAAUAUGUUGUAAUUUGUGAAUAUAAUAUCACUUUAAAACAUUUUUUUAUUGUUUUUUUUUCCUAUUCAAGUAUUUCUUGGUGUUAACCGAUCCUAACCAUUUUUGAAAUGUGAUAAUAUAUCCCAAUUUCGCAUGAUCUUAUGAUAUACGAGAUGCAGGGAGUUGUUGUUCCCCUUGGUUAUUUGAGCUCUUUUUCCCAGUUGUGACUGUUUUUAAAGUGUUCUGGUAAUUACCGAGAGCAGUUUACUUGUCAAAUUCUUCUCUGAGUUCAAUUGCUUUAACACCUUUUCUCUCUUUAAUUAAACCAGUCCAUUCACAAGUCAACCCCUCUGGACCCCUCAGAAGAACAGCCUGUGGCUGAAGAGGGCAAUCCAGCCCACAAGGGGAAAAUAAAUAAAUAAAAUAAGUUGUCAAUGUGGUCAUAUGUUCUUAUCUUUCUAUUCAUAUUUUGCUCUUCCACCCCCCCCCCAUCCCCCUCUCUCUCUCUUGCUAUCUCUUAUGACUAUUUUUUCUUUUGUAAAACAAUCAUGCAUAUGAUGCCUGUAGAGAUAUGUGAAGUGUGAAUGCAUGAUAUUAUGCAUUAGCAUACUUGUUAUGUGAUUGAUGUUAUGCACCCGUCAUGUGAAGACUGCUAAUUAGGCAUCCCCAGGUUUCUUAUUUCAUAUGGUCUGAUUACGACAUAUUGAAAAAUAGAGAUGUAGUAGACUUGAUAAAUGAUAUUCCAUUUGAAUAUCUCUCAGAGAAGUGACGGGAAAAAAAAUAUUCAUAUCUUAUGUCAUGAAUUUGUAGAACUGCAGUGUUGUGUAUUACUAUGGACUCACAUGGUAUUACUAUGUUAUUUAAUGUACAGAUGAGGUUGUUCUGUCAACUGUCUAGUUUUAGUAGGGGUUACUGCAAAAUGGUUUUACAUUUGUAAGGACACAUUUGGUGACUUCAAAGUCGAAAUUGUCACUGAUUCAAACAUGUUCAAACUUGAAUCUAAGAAGUAGAAACUAAUUAUUUUACAAUUUAAGCAUGGUAAUGAAAUAUGUUGAGAUUCAUGCUCAGAUACAUGUACAUGUAGUUUGAAUCCUAAUUUCCUAAGUGCAAAAUCAUUCCUAAAUAUUUUGUGUUUUCAUUUGAAUUUUUUAAUUGAUGUAUUUGAACAGAAAUUGUAAAGAUUUAAAUCAUGUCAUGAAUAACUUGAUUGACAUUACAUGGAGACUUUGUUACUAGGUUUGAUGUGUUUUGGCCUUACAGCAUAGCAUAGGGAGAGUAUGCAAGAGAGUGGACUUUCAAUGUUCACUUCAAGACACCAUAUUAAAACUUGUACUAUUGAUACUACAUGUGCUUCCGUUUUUCUUCAAUGAUCAAAUCUGAUUUUUUUUUCUUCUUUGUAGCAUGUGCCUGAAUCAUCUAAGCCUAUGUAGAAUAUACUUUGACUAUCUGAGAUCUAAGUAAUUAAUUAUUCUGUAAAUUGUUUUUAGAUAACAGAGUAUUGUUUUGUUUGACUGCAAAUAUAUAUCUACAUGUAUGUAUAAAGGAACAACGCUAAAUUUUUUCAAAUGUCAUCUACAAAAUGUCUGCAUUUACGUUAGUAGAAAGUAGAAGUCAUAUCAUUUUUAAGCUAAGGUAGAUAUACCAAUUACGUGUGGUCUCUGUGUACUCUCUCAUUUUGCUUGAUUUAAGAGUACAGGUGGGUGUUUCAUAAAGCUGUUUGUAAGAUACGAAUAACUUUAUGCAUGACUGGUGAUCCUUUCAUGUGCUUUGUGAUAUCCCUAUGUAAUCGAGUUAUGACCUAAGUACAUGUUCUCGUCGUGCGUAAAGUCGUUCAAAACUUUACGAACAGCUUUAUGAAACACCCACCAGGUUACUUUGCCUAAGUCAAAUCUUUUACGACCACAUAAAUCUGUUUGACAGAAGUAAAAUUUGAUCUAGAAGAUGUAAAUAAGUCAUGUUUUGCAUUUUCCGGUGUGAAAUAAUGCUUCAAGUUAGGCGAUUAUUUAACUUAUGAAUGAAAGGUUGACUUGUGCGGAGUCUACAAAUUUAUUGAGAGUGCAACGAAAUGAACAAAUAAAAAAUGAAUAAAUUUUGAAAGAAAACAGAAGAAGAAGUGGAAACUCACUGCAUACAAGCAAACAGUAGCAUAAAACAGUGCACAUAUUAGUAGUAUGUAAUAUCACUAAGAUUUAUGCAGUCUCGUCUUAGUAGAUGUUUAUGGCUCAGUGUUUAUUGUAGAAAAGUAGUUAAGUAGUGCUAAUCAUUUGCUAAUCAUGCUAAUCAUUCUCUUGUAGAAGUGUAUAUGUAGUUGAUGAAAUAUGUUAUACAAUAUGCAAUGAGACUCUAUUAACACAUUGCCUACUGUAACUGCGUGAUUCUGGUUCAAAGCCUUUUGGAAUAUCAGAAUUCAGUAGUCAACCAAUUAACCCAUUUGGAGACUGGGUCCACAUUAGGAUGUUGUCAGCUAUGGAAAUGUGCUUUGUAUCAUCAGCCAGUCUCCAAAGUGGUCAAGAAGGGGAAAAAGGUGGUUUAUGUAUUGGUCUAGCAUGUUAAAAAGAUACAUCAAAGAAUCUCCUUUGUGAGGCAUCAAAUUAAAGAGUCAAUAUCUGUAGUCAAGCUACAUUGCAAAGCUAACAUGAUGUACCGCUAUAAGGACCAUUUCACCUUCAGUUGUCACUAGGUUUUUUUUGUGAUUGAGUAUAUACAAACACAAAGUAUAUUAUACAUAUUCUGGAUUGGCACCAAGGUAUCCAAAAUAAUUCUAUCAAGAUAUCAAGUGUGCAUGUCUUUAAAAAAAGGCUAACAAGUCGAACUAUGGUGGACAACUAUUUUUUUUUCUCAAGAAUUUGAUCAUGUAAUUUUUUACAAUUAACAAUCAUGUAAGUUACAUUGUGCAUGUAAUAAUUCUUUAUUACCACACUAACUGAAGAGUGAUAGCAAUGUUUGUCAUGUGAUAAUGAAUGGUAACAUAGAAAAUUGAAAUGUAUGUUGUUGUGAUGAAAUAUUUGAUAUUUUAAUGAAACAAAUAAAAAAAAUCUCUCACAAAAUGUUAAUAAAAUGUAAAGAAUUUGGUCAGCAAUUAUAUCACAAAUUUAAUUUGAAUUUGCUGUUAAAACUAGGAACUAAAAUAGCAGUAGUUUGUUAUUCUGUCUACAUACUUGAUUACAGUAAUCUUACAGAAUUUAACGAUACAUUGCUGUGAUCACUAUCAUUGUAUGCUAAUUGAGGCUAUUGUCUUAUCAAUGUAAAACUGCUCCUUUUUCUUUCAAGUAUAGCUAUGCUCGAUAUAUGCUUGCAUGUUAAGAACAUUAAACAAA